AGUGUAAGCGACCUCCUCGCCAGUGCCUAGUAACGCCCAAGAUAAAGUAGUUCACUUUUGAGACGCUGGGAGCACUCGAAGAUCUUCCGACACAUACCAAGAAUAAUAGACAUCAUAUAAACACGGAGGAAACCUAAAGAAAUGGAUCCAGGGAAUUUAGGCACCAAUGCAGUGUAAAAUUCUCUAGAAAAUAAGAAGAAAAAGAACUACGGAACUGAGUCAGCGAGGGACGUGACAGGCACUCUCUCUCUGUCACUUGUCAUAAGUGACGCGUGUCAUUCUUGUUUGUUAAGAGUUUUAUUCCUAUUUAUGAGAAGAAGAACAAGGCUCGGGGGAGGUGGAUGCUGGCGUGAAUUGUUAUGAGUGACACUGACAGGGUUACUAGUGAAUGAUGGCGACUGGAUAUAAGAUAACGGUAGAGCCCGUUCUCUUCCUGUACAUGUUGGCUGUGUUCAUGUUAUAUGCAGCACUGCAGGAUCUUAUAUAUACAAAGGUGUGUCUCCAAGACUUUGCAAAAAGAAUAUGCCAUGAUUUAUACAAUCCAGAAAAUCGUGAGGCUCUUGAUGUUGUUCAGACAGGAUCAUCGCACUGGGUUCUAGGGUCAACCCUCAUGUUAGCCCUGCCCUCCAUUGUAACAGCUCAGUUCCUGGGCUCUUGGAGUGAUACCUAUGGCCGUAAAAUACCAAUGCUUUUGCCACCAGUUGGUGCAAUGUUUGCCAGUCUUCUCUACAUAAUCAUGAGUGUUCACCUGUAUCAGACACCUGUCAGCCUCGUCCUCCUGGCAUCUUUCCUGACAGGGUUAUGUGGAGGGUUCACGUCUUGCAUUCUUACUUGCAUGAGCUAUGUGGCACAGGUCAGCAGUUUUCGCACAAGAACCGUCCGUGUUGGGAUCCUGGAAAGCAUGAUCUUUAUGGGAGGAACCAUUGGCCCUCUGCUAGGUGGUUGGGUGCAGGAGGCUGGAGGAAGACCUGCAACAUUCACCGUCAUUAUGGCAUGUCAUGCAGCCAUUGUCAUUUACAUCAUACUAUGUGUUCGGAAUAUUCCACCAAGGCAUCCUCCACAGGGAUACUGGGUACGUGACGGUUGUGGCUGCCAACACUUGCGUGAGUCAGCAAGUACUGUGAUUAGGGAGAGACAGGAGAAUCGUCGAUCAUAUAUUGUACUGUUGUUGGCAUCAGCAACAGUAGUCAUGAUUUGCACUGCUGGUGAAUUGGACAUAUCAUAUCUUUUUGUGAAGGACAAACCAAUAGAAUGGGGCUUUGAGAAAUAUACAUGGUAUUUCUCACUGAAAUAUGGGCUAGGAGCUGUGGCACUACUUGGCAUUCUUCCCUUAUGCUCAAAAGUGCCAGACACAGUCUUGGCACUUAUAGGCCUUGUGAGUAAAGCUUGUGGCUUGGUGGUGCUCGCCAUUGCUUGGGAGGACACAGGCUGUGUUUGUGGACCAAGAGCAGCAGUGUCCAUGCUGAGCACCUGGUCCAUGCCAACACUGAGAGCUGCUAUGUCCAAGUUGGUCGAACCAAAUGAGCAAGGCAAAUUGUUUGCAUGCGUAGCUCUGCUUGAGAAUGCUUGUACACUAGUUGCUUCUGGAGUGUUCAACAGCAUCUACCCAGCAACAAGGCAUAUCUUCCGUGGGUUUACCUUCAUGAUGGCUGCAACGUUUCUUAUUCUGCCCAUUGUCAUAAUCAGUGUUCUACACAAGGCUCUGCGACAGUUCAGUAAGUAUGAUUCAGUGGAGCUAGCAGAGGAAGCAAGGGAGGAAUUUGAGGAUGCAGAUAGUGACAGGAAUGUAUCUCCUACGGCCCAAGGAGAGGACAUUUCUCCUGGCCAGGAGGAUGGUUCUGGUGUAAGGGCUGAUGAAAGCACUCAGGAGCAGAAUUCUGGAACAAUCAACAGUGAAUAGUUACAGUCGCUGCAGGUAGUGAAGUUGUUGAAGUAGAGCAUGCAGAAUGGGAAUUGGCAAAGAUGUGAAUAAGAAUCUUUUGCUUGGUAAGAUUAAGAGUAUAGUCUGUUGGUCAGCCAGCGGUUCAAACCUUUUAAUUAUGGAUGAUGUAAUUAUUAUUUGAGAAUUCUGCAUACAGAUUGCAAAGAACCUAAAAUAUGCCAGACAUGGUUUUGCAAGGAGGAAUUUUUACUUGCAUAUUGCAGUGGAAAAUUUCUCAGUUCUUCAUUAUUUACCUUAUAGUAUGAAUGUAAUAUAAUAUUUGUUUAUAUAUAUAGAAAUGUAUGUGAAUGAAUUUGCGAGUAUGUUAUGCCUUAAUAAGAACAAAUUUUAAAUUAUUUUUCAAGAGGAAAUGUUAUUUCCUCAUAUUUUUGACUCAGAUGAAAGAGAAUAAUGAGAUUUUGAUACUAAUAACUCUAUGUAGAAUGGGUAUUGAAUGACAACAUAUUUCAAAGCAAUACAGGAGGCCUUUAUCAAUGUUUGUGUGCGUGAUUGUCAUUGGUCAUGAAUGAUUAGGAUAUUGGGAGUAGAGGAUGUGCCUGCAUGAGUUGCUGCCAAACUGAGCAGAAUCUACAGUUUCCCCAAUUUUAAGCUACAAGGCAUAGAUCAAGAGUUCUAGCAUCCCUUUUUUCCUCAAUAUCUCAAUAUUCAUUGUUUUUUUUUCUCCUUUUUUUUUAAUGAGAAGGCUGAAAUGACUGUUCUUUUACCUCUUUUUUUCCUGGGGUGUUACAGACUGUGAGGAUGUGAAUUGUCACUUAGCCAGUCCAUGAGCGUCCUUUUAAGGUGUUCAGCAUUGGUGUUAUUUUAAACUGUGGCUUUUUCAGUGAUGCUGCAAAUUUUCCACUAGAGAAUUCCCUGGAACAGUCAAUUGUAAGGUGUGAGAAUUAUUUUGAAGCAUAGCUUUAACUCUGUAACUCCAUGCUUCUUUGUAAAAUGAGAUUUAAUACUCUGCUGUUAAAAGUCCAUUAGAGAGAUUAUUGAUACUGUACUCUGUACAGAGAUAGAUAUUUCUAGAUAGACUUAGUUCAAGUUUUUGGCUUUUGAAGCUUAUCAUGAGCAGGUUUAUAGUCAGUUUCAUAGACUCCAGCAAAAAAAAAAAAAAAAAUGGUUUUGGAAUAAAAACUCUUGAAAGGAUGUUGAAUGUUUGGUACCAAAGAUUAUUAUCAUUUUCAAAUUUGGUUACGGUGCACUAUUUUUCAAAUUGAAUUAUGUGCUAUAGUCAGUGACAUUGACUGUAGUUCACGCACACGCACACGCACACGCACACACACACGCACACGCACACAUGCGCACACACGCACACCCGCACACCCACACACCCACACACCCACACACCCACACCCACACACCCACACACCCACAC